GUUUUCAUUAUUCACUACCUAAUGUUGCUGUUGGUAAUAUUUAAGGCCUUAGACCUAGCUUUUCAUGCUGUACACUACCAUAUGAUUGAUUUAUAUGGUUUGAAAGCGGAUUCGUGGGCCAUUCUGUACUAUAUAAUUCAUCUUAUGAAAGGAGCAUUGCUAAUUAUCACCAUUGUACUUAUUGGAACUGGAUGGGCAUUCGUGAAGCACAUAUUAUCUGAUAGAGACAAGAAAUUAUUCUUAAUGAUCAUUCCACUACAGGUAUUAGCUAAUAUUGCACAAAUAGUAAUGGAAUCGACAGAUGAAGGCAAAGCCCAAUAUGCUACUUGGAUAUCCUUAUUCUACGAAAUUUUCAUCUUAGUUGAUUUAAUUUGUUGCGGUGCAAUUUUAUUCCCGGUCGUAUGGUCGAUAAAGCACUUGCAGGAAGCCUCAAAGACUGACGGAAAAGCCGCUCAGAAUUUGGCUAAGCUUAAAUUGUUUCGACAAUUCUAUGUCAUGAUUGUGUGCUACAUCUAUUUUACGAGAAUCAUUGUUUACUUAUUGAAGAUCACCGUACCAUUUCAAUAUGAAUGGCUAGCUCCCUUCUUUACAGACCUAGCAACUUUCGUUUUCUUUUUCUUAACUGGAUACAAAUUUCGACCCAUUGCCGAUAACCCUUACUUUCAGCUUCCAACAGAAGAUGACGAUAUACCUGUGGAUGAAGUCGUCACAACAACCGGUGCUACCGAGGGAAUUUCGAGAGUGAGCAACUCGGCCACAUCGAGAAUCAAGAGGCUACAUGACACUAACGUCUGA